GGAAUAUAGAAACCUGAGAAGCUUGCAAAAUGAUCCAAGAAUCAGAAAUUCCGGCAGUUGAAAAAUGGCAAACAAACCUCUUUUCUCUAUCCUUUCUGCAAUUUCGUGCAAUGAUUGUAUUAUCAACUAUUAUCAGGGAGAGUUCAUUGAGAAUUUGACAUCGUCAAUUUGUCAUGAUAUUCUAUGGUGAUGUCCCUUUCAAUCUUGCGCUUUGCCAGGUGCGGAACACUGUUGAGAGCACAAAGCCAUUUGUACGGUGGAUGGAUGGGACAUGUAUCGAGACACCUGAACAGAGGGUGAAUGGCGAGGAUGAAGAACCAUUCGUAUUCUCCUUCUAUGCAGAUGUCUCUGCAAACCCACAGAUCAUCAAGGCCAUGCUUAUUCUGAACCAUAUGCUUCACAAGGCAGUCUCAGGUGUCAAUAGAUUUAUUGAGAACUGGCGCAAACACCAGCAUCUUUGGAAGCAAGAUAAGACAACCAUCUUGGAUAAGUUUGCUGCUAAGAACCCAUCUUGUGCGGAAUUUGAAGAUAGGCUAUCAAAAUACGCAAAGGUUGCUUCUGACAUCUGGGCGCUGCCAAAAGAUAAGGAUGUGGAGUUCUUACGGAUAAGCUCUCAUCAACUUGCAGCAGCUGUUCGUGAUGAAGCCCGUGGGUGGGUGAAUGCAAUAGGAGCAAGCAUGGCGUUGCUGGAUGCGCAGCGUGUUAAGGAUGUGCAAAGCAAGAUGGACAAGCUUGAUGCUGAUCUCAACCGGGAUGUUGCGCUGACUGUUGGGGCUGUGUACCCUGCAGGUGUGUGGGCUGCGAGACAGCAGGCUGCCCGUUUACGACAACCUGAGAUGGAGGUUGGGAGAACACUAUCUGUACAGGAACCUGCAAACUAGGACCUGGUGAGAACCCGCCUGUCAAAGGCAUA